AACCCAACUUCCCCAAUUAAAUGAUGACGCGGAAGUUCGAGCGCAGCCCCUGCUCCAUUCUCUCUCAUUCAGCUUUCAUCCUCUCCCAUGGCGCCUCCUUCCAAUGAUUCCCUCCCCCUUUCCAUCCACAACAUCAACCCCAAGGUUCUGAAAUGUGAGUAUGCUGUCCGAGGUGAGAUCGUCGCCCUUGCUCAGAAAUUGCAAGAGGAGCUACUGACUAAACCAGGCUCACGUAAUUUUGACGAGAUACUGUACUGCAAUAUUGGAAAUCCUCAGUCCCUUGGUCAGCAGCCAAUAACAUUUUUCCGUGAGGUUCUUGCUUUGUGUGACCAUCCAUCUAUUCUCAACAGAAGUGAAAUACAGGGUUUGUUCAGUGAAGAUGCUAUUGGGCGAGCUUCGCAAAUUCUGAAACAAAUUCCCGGGAAAGCAACUGGUGCUUACAGCCAUAGUCAGGGUAUCAAGGGGCUUCGUGAUGCAAUUGCUGCUGGAAUUGAAGCUCGUGAUGGUUAUCCUGCAGAUCCUAAUGAUUUGUUUUUAACAGAUGGUGCAAGCCCAGCGGUCCAUAUGAUGAUGCAAUUGCUGAUAAGUUCAGAGAAAGAUGGGAUACUCUGUCCCAUUCCUCAGUACCCUCUGUACUCUGCUUCUAUAGCUCUUCACGGCGGUACUCUUGUUCCUUACUAUCUUGAUGAAGCAUCAGGAUGGGGAUUGGAAAUUUCUGAGCUGAAGAAGCAAUUGGAGUCUGCCAAGUCAAAGGGUAUUUCUGUUAGGGCAUUGGUGGUUAUAAAUCCUGGAAAUCCCACUGGACAGGUGCUUGCUGAGCAAAACCAAAAGGAAAUAGUGGAGUUCUGCAAGCAAGAGGGCCUCGUUCUUCUGGCAGAUGAGGUAUAUCAAGAAAAUAUUUAUGUUCCAGACAAGAAGUUUCACUCUUUUAAGAAGAUUUCACGCUCCAUGGGUUAUGGUGAAAACGACAUCUCCUUGGCAUCAUUCCAGUCCGUCUCUAAAGGAUACUAUGGUGAGUGUGGAAAACGGGGAGGUUACAUGGAGAUUACUGGGUUUAGUGCUGAUGUGAGGGAACAAAUAUACAAAGUGGCAUCCGUCAAUCUUUGCUCUAAUAUUUCCGGCCAGAUUCUUGCUAGCCUUGUAAUGAAUCCACCAAAGGUUGGGGAUCGCAUCUAUGAAUCUUAUUGUGCAGAGAGAGAUGGAAUCCUCAAAUCACUAGCAAGGCGUGCAAAGACAUUAGAAGCUGCGUUCAACAGUCUAGAAAAUGUAACGUGCAAUAAAGCAGAAGGCGCAAUGUACCUAUUCCCUUGUAUUAAGCUGCCUGAAAAGGCAAUUAAAGCAGCAGAAGCAGCAAAUACGGCCCCUGAUGCAUUCUAUUGCCGCCUUCUUCUGAAUGCCACUGGAAUAGUUGUCGUCCCUGGUUCUGGCUUUGGGCAGGUGCCCGGUACAUGGCACUUCAGGUGUACAAUACUACCUCAAGAGGACAAGAUCCCAGCCGUCGUCUCCCGCUUGACCGACUUCCAUAAAGCAUUCAUGAACGAAUAUCACGACCAAGUUUCAGACUGUCCGAAGCUCUAGGGACGACUGACAAUUCCCACGAAUCCAGGUGCAGCCAAUUCCUCUUACUUCUUUGGAGACUAAGAUGAAAAUGCUUUGUGGUCUUUCUGGGUUAACGAAUAAUGCAAUGGCAUAGAGCCUUUCUGUGGCUCUGAUCUUUUUGAUUGUUAAACAAAGCAUCUUAUAUUUAAGUAGUAGAUGAUGAAAACAACAGAGCAGUUACAGGCCAAUUGUGAGGCAAGAAAACAGAAACAUAGUAGAUUUUCUGAUUUCUAUAUUGAGAUGAUUCCUGGAUAUCACUGAACUAAUAGAAGCUUUAGCAUUUUUUUAGGUGGGCAGGAAAAUUUAGCAACAGAAGUAGCAAUUCAAUGAUAAAAACCAUAUAAGGAGGUCCCUAAUGUGGGUUUCUCAGUA